AUGUCUACGGAGACUGCGGUACCAGCAACGAUGCACGGGCGCAUAGCAGCCGCCGAUGAACAGUUAUUAGCGCAACUCGGGUACAAGCAGGAGUUCAAGAGGGCAUUCUCUCCACUUGAGGUGUUCGGUAUUGCAUUCUCUAUCAUCGGCUUAUUACCCUCUAUCGCUUCGGUCCUCUUUUACUCUAUCCCGAAUGGAGGACCAGUAGCCAUGGUCUGGGGUUGGGCCGUUGCCUCUGUCUUCAUCCUAUUUGUCGGCAUGAGCAUGGCCGAACUCGCCUCUGCUGCGCCUACAUCUGGGGGGCUAUACUUCUGGACCCACUCGCUAUCUUCGCCAAGAUGGCGGAACCUUCUCGCCUGGAUCGUGGGCUACUCUAAUACUGUUGGUUCAAUAGCAGCUGUCGCCAGUAUAGACUGGGGCGCUGCAGUUCAAGUCAUGGCGGCAGCCAACAUCGGAUCAGGGUACGAAGCUACGAAUGGGGUGACAUUCGCAGUAUAUGCCGCCAUCAUCCUCUCGCAUGCCGUCGUGUGUUGCCUAGGAACUCAGCUCCUCGCUCGACUACAGAGCUUAUACGUGGUGCUCAAUGUCUUACUUUGCCUGGCGGUAAUCGUGGCUCUACCCGCUGCGACUCCCAGCGAGUUGAAGAACCCCGCGAGCUAUGCUCUCGGCAACUUCACGAACGCGUAUGAUUGGCCUGAUGGCUUUGCCUUCAUGCUCAGUUUCCUCGCCCCGUUGUGGACUAUCUGUUCAUUCGAUUCGAGUGUACACAUCAGUGAAGAGGCGGCUAACGCCGCGACGGCAGUACCCUGGGCAAUAGUAAUGGCGAUCGCAAUUGCUGGGAUCUUAGGAUGGGCUAUCAACGUGUCCCUCGCGUUCUGCAUGGGUCAGGACCUUGACGCUAUCAUCAACAGUGACCAACCUAUGGCCGCUAUCUUCAACAACAGCUUUGGCCAAAAGGGCACAUUGGCUGUGUGGGCUUUCGUAGUGACGGUGCAGUACAUGAUGGGCUCGAGCAUGAUGCUUGCGGCCUCGCGCCAGUCAUUUGCAUUCUCCCGCGAUGGAGCUCUACCGUUCUCUUCGAUCUUGUAUCGUAUGAACUCCUACACGGGUACACCGGUCAAUACCGUGUUCUUCACCGCUAUCUUCUCUCUGCUGCUCGGCCUGCUCGUCUUUGCUGGCGAGCAAGCUAUCAACGCCGUCUUCGCUAUCUCCGUCACGGGCCUGUACAUCGCGUAUGCCAUCCCAAUAGCUGCGCGCUGGAUCUGGCACAAGUCCAACGGAUGGCGAGAUGGUCCUUUCUCGCUCGGCUGGUUUAGUCUACCGUGCGCGAUCAUCUCUUGCUUAUGGAUGGCCUUCAACGGCAUCAUCUUUCUCUUCCCAACAACGAUGAAGACCGACGUCGCCGACAUGAACUACACCGUUGUCGUACUUGGCGGGGUGCUCAUCUUGGCACUGAUUUGGUACUACUUCCCGGUGUACGGCGGCGUGCAUUGGUUCACUGGACCCGUACCGAACGUGGAUGGCCACGAGGCUCACAAGUGGGGAGGCGCGUCGGUCGGUGAUGGGGAGGAGUCGCCGCGGUAUAGUAAUGAAAAGGAGAAGGAUAGGGCGGACGCGCGGGUGGAAGAGGCGAGCUGA